ACCUUACGCCAAAUAGCGGAGCGUAUCAGCCGGCUGCUCGCGCCAGUGUCUCUCAAAAUCAGCUGUGAUCGCAAUCGGGGAGCAGUAAGUCAGUAGGGAGCGAAGUCUCCGCAGUCCGGUAGGUGGCAGUGAACGGUCUCAGGUAGGUAGGGAGGGCAGGUCGAGAGGGGGGGCGUGUGUUCCUCUUGCACAAGCGCUCCCAUGUUGCGUACUAGUCUGGAAACCUGACGUGGAUAGGAGCCGAGCAGUCAGGGCGACAGCAGCGAGCGCGCGCGCGUGUGUGUGUGUGUGUUGUGUAUGUAUGCAUGCGUGUGUGUGACAGUGACACAGUUGCGGCAGAUUAGAAAGUGUCUGCGGCUGCUCUCCGCCGGCUCACUCCUCCUCCUCCACCACCUCCUCCUCUUGCUCGGACCGCCGGAGUCGCACCACCACCACACCGGUGGGGGGGACCGCGCUCCGAACGCAGUCAGCCGGUGACCCGAGGAUCCCUCUCUGACCAACAGACCCGGGCUGCGCUGGCAGGAAAGCUGGGACUAAACUACAUUCAUUGACUUGUGAGCGAUGCACUGGCAGCAUGGCCAAGUGGUUCAAGGAGCACCUAGGAUUCAAAACUACCAAACCACCCCCUCCGGCACCUCCGAAACCGGACUACAGACACGGUGCGCCCGGUGCGCCUGGCUAUCAGCAAACAAGCUCCGGGGCCACCUUUCCGAGUCCCGCUCAGCCGGACAUCCUCACUGCAUACAAACUACAAAAGGAGCUGGACUUCGAGGACCCGUACACUCCAGGUGGAAAUAUUUCGUUCGGCUCCAGCUUGAACGCUGUGGGGCCGCCGGACACCAAGUAUGUGUCACCAAAGCACCGGCUUAUCAAGGUGGAAACAAUCGAAAAGAGCAGCCCGACUCCGGGCGGGGGUGUCACGGUCACCCAAACUGUGGCUGUAGCUGUAGGGAGUGUUAAAUCUCCGACUUCACCUCCCUCGGACCACGACAACAAGGAGAAGCUCAUUAUCCUCGAAGACUAUGCGGACCCUUUCGACGCCGAGCAGGCUGGUGGCGCUCAGACCACCACGGAAAAAGUGACGACUGAGAACGACGGCUACAUGGAGCCGUACGAGGCCCAGAAGAUGAUGGCAGAGAUCCGGUCCGGCAGCCGAGGCCCUAAGGAAGGAUCGGCGAGGCAGCUCCCCCUGUACGACACGCCGUACGAGCCAGCUGAGAACGGUGGCGAUUCGGACCCCGAGCGCUUGCGCUGCCCCAGAGAAAGCCGCCUGCCCCAGGAUGACGAGCGGCCCCCCGAGGAGUACGACCAGCCCUGGGAGUGGAAGAAGGAGAGGAUUUCCAAAGCCUUUGCAGCUCUGCUUUGUUAUGACUGCAUUAGCUACGAGGGCUCUGUAAGUGGCACUGGAUCAGAUCCCCAAGGAAGAAAGGACUCCACUUCUAAAUCCCUCACAGUAGAGAUUAAAGUGAUCAAGGACCUACCAUGGCCCCCUCCUGUCGGCCAACUCAACACCAGCCCUCCCCCGGUGGAGGAGCUAGAGUCUCCUUCCCAGGCAGCUCAGCCCUCGCCCGGACAGACAAGCUGUGACCAGCACCACCAUGUCCAGUUCGAUGGUGUGGAGAAGUCUCGAAUGUCGCCCACCAAGGAGGGGAAAACUCGCCCACUGCAGCGGCAUUCCAGUGGCUGCUUGGUCAACACCAAAAUGACAUCACUGGACCACUGCAGUUCCUCCCUUGGGGAACGCAUAGACCCCACCAUGCCCCUGGAAAACCAAUUCUGGUACCACGGAGCCAUCAGCCGAACCGACGCGGAGUCUCUGCUCCGGCUCUGCAAGGAGGCCAGCUACCUUGUGAGAAACAGUGAGACCAGCAAGAACGACUACUCCCUCUCCCUUAAGAGCAGCCAAGGCUUCAUGCACAUGAAGCUGUCGCGGACGAAGGAGAACAAGUACAUCCUGGGCCAGAACAGCUGCCCUUUCGACAGCGUGCCUGAAAUCAUCCAUUUCUACUCCAGCCGCAAGCUGCCCAUCAAGGGCGCCGAACACAUGUCCCUGCUCUACCCCGUAGCCAUCAGGACACUAUAGUGCUCCGGCUCACCUGCAGGCGUCCGCCCCCACCACCACCACCACCACCUCGCAAGUACUCACAGGGGUCGUACCCGAGGCCCCCACCCCAGCGCCUCCCGUCCCUCUGGAGAGAGCACGCUAGGCUAACGGGGAAGACGAAAACAGUGGCAUCCCAAACUGCUGAUCCGGACUCACCUCACUGGCCCGACAGAUUCCUGAAGGCCUACUGCUACUACUAUCUCAUACACAGACUCAAUGUUGCAGAUGUUUUCUUUUUUUUUUUAUAUAUAUAUAUAUAUAUACAUACAUAUAUAUAUAUAUAAUUCUAUUGUAUUUUAUUUUAUUUAUAACAGACAUCCGCUUAUUACAUCAGAGACUGACUAUCUGAAGAACAUCAUUUCAUUGAUUGUUGAGCUGAGUACCCAUAGCACUUAACACUCAAAGAAAAAGAAAGGUACAACGUUAACAUUUGUCACUGGGAUUAACCUUUUAUCUUAAACUGUUGUACCCUCCUUUCCUGUGAGUGCGCCGCUUGUAUGUAUGAAAUGUUUGUUCGGGGUUAACCGCUCGGCUCGGCUCCGUCGGGGACUUGAAGAUUGUAGGAGCCGCAUAAGAGAAGUUUACGACGCGCCGUUGAGCUGCAUUGCCGACACGGGGGCCCCCGUCCAGCGGCCAGGACACGGAAUCAACCGGCCGCGCAUGAACGGUGCGUCCCCGGCCGCGCGGGGAACAAGCGGCCUGUGAGCCGCGCAGACUGAUCUCUCUAUCUUGUCGUGGUGCAUGUCGUCUGCUAUCCAUCACCGAGUGGGUGUAUCACACCGGUGACAGUGUAAGUACCAUAGUUGGUGAGACAGGCAGGAGAGCAUGAUGGAUGGGUCGGCCCAUCCGAUACAGUACAAUUGGCUGAGGCUAGAGACCAGAGCCUGUCCAAAUGGACCAAAUUACCCCCACCACCCCUGCUUAGAAUGGCUUUGCAUCGGGAGAAUGAAAUAUGCCUGCAUUGUCUACCUCAGAAAAUCAAUUUCAUUCGCCCAUCCGCAGAUCAAUAGGUACAACGGGAUUGCAGUCAUCGAUCCGCUCUCCCUUCGACAUUCCCAAUUCCCUUAAAAUUGCAUCAAUGGAUUUUAGGAAUGAGUUUCUUUUUUAAAAAAAUACAGUUAAUCUAAGAUUUUUUUUUAUGAAAACACAGGCAGAUGCUUUUUUCAGAUCGGCAAUUGUAUGUAUAGUCACUAUUAUAAUACUGUGUGAUGUCAGUAACAAGAGUUUGGUUAACGCCUUAUAAUGCAUGGGUCAAAUCAGUCCGCUAGAUCAGCUGAUUUCCAAUUCUGCUUUUAACGAUUGUUCUGUGACUGUAAUUUAUUCCGGGGUAAUUAUUACUGAUGUGUUACUCCUUUGUGAUUGGGCCGCCGGCCCCCUCACCCUCAUUGUUCUGUACUGAUGUGAUCGUGUUUUCUGGGACUCCUCCAGCCUCUCUUGCUGUGGUGCUUUGCCUUCUUCUUCUUCUUCUUCUUUUUUCUUUUUUUUUUGGUUGUUGUUGUUUCCAGUCCCGCUAAAUCCAUGUCUGCCUCGGUGGCCUGACUCUGGCGCACGAGUGACUGCGUCUCCCGGGGCCGACGGGGGCUGACGUACCCCCGCCGCACGUGGACCACAGCGCAGCCCAUCCGAACUCCCUCCGACCUAUCAUGCUUCCACUUAGCGUGAAAAUCUCCAAACGUGUGUGAACCUGCGUGACUACGCAUGCACCCGACACGGUUCAUGUGUGUGGUUAUUUGUGUGCACACAGUUUACCACACUGUUUGGUUGUCUGAUCUCCCCCCCCCCCUCCCUUAAAGUCCAAAAAAAGAAAUAGUUCUUCCUUCCCGUUCUCCACCAUUAACCACAUUGAAUUUUAACAACUCAUAGUAAUGACGUGUUCACUUUUUGCCCUCUUCAUUGCCUUUAUUUGUAACAGAAAAAAAUUAAUAUUUCGUCCCAGUUAAAGAAAGAACAAGCUGUUUUUUUCCAGCCGUGGCCGCACCACGAUGUGAAUAAUGCAUGAUGUACGAUUCUUCCCCAGAGGAAAUGUUUGUCAGUCUCAUGAGUUGCAAAAUCUUGUGGUUUAAUGAGCGAGUAAAUAUUGCGGGGAGGCUUUGGUUCACGGAAAUGACUGACACCGGGAGUCAGAAACACCCAGCCACUUGUGUGAUUACGAUGCGUCGAGUACGUCCUGCCAUAUAUGAUGUAUUUCUGCUGUGCGCUAUGCAACCGUAACCUGCAGUCACCGAAGGGGAAAGGGACCCGAGUGCGUGCCUCAGACAAAAACGUUAACGACAAAAUGUGAUGGUACAAAAAAAAAAUGUCCGCCGGGAGGAGGUGUAAUCAGCAGGGUGACAUGAUUAGUAAAAUAACAGAUAGUUUGUAGAAAGUAGGGUGAGAAGGUUAACAUUGCGGGUGCGGAUAAUGUUGCCGUCGUGGGAUCAGCGCGCCACGUGAGGGCGUCUCUCCGUGGCAUCCGCAGCUUUAUUGAGGAGCAGUACGUUGUCGAAGUGGACCUAUAUAUAUUUCCUUUGAGAGAAGAAAUGCAAAUCUAAAGCGAAACUAUACGUGUGAUUUAUCCUCUAUGUUGCGAAUGUUCACAGUUUAAUGGUUUAAAAGUUGAAAGUAGAGGCUCUUUAUGUAGCAGCCGCUGCCGGCGAGCGUUACUCUGCUGUAGGUUAGGAGCCUGCGUAUGAUGGCCGCACUACCUGGAGAGAGGCCUUAGCUUUGGAGAAAGGGAACGGGGUAGGGGAGAGGGCUCUGACGAGGCGAGGGGGGAGGGGAAUCCGCUGCCCCCUCGCAUUCAUAUAUUGAUAUUACGACAACCUGAAAGAGCCCUUCUCCUCCCUCAGAAGUGUCUUAAAGCUUGCUCGUUUGUGUGUGUGUACACACAUUAGUGCGUGCAUGAAGCAGUCUUCAUUGGGCGUGUGAGUGAGUGUGUGAGUGAAUGAGUGUGUGUGUGCAGGUGUGAGCAGCCAUCGGCCAUCGACUUGCCCCAUGUGUGUGUGUCUUGUGUGCCACUUUGCCGCGGCGGCGUGGCACGUGUGAGUUCCCUCUGUGUACAUUCUCAUGCCACGUAUGUAUGCACUACUAUAACAUAUCUCUGUACAGUCCCUCAUGGCCAAAUGUAUAUACUGAAUGUAUUGUAUGGGGACAUAGAGGCGUCAAGGUUGAAAAUAAAUAAAGUUGGGUUUAUGAGUUUAAA